AAAAUCCAAGAUGGCGGAAAAAUCAUAAACAAAAAAUAUUGCUAAGCAGCAAUUUUGAUAAAUAUCGAAAAAUUACACGUGCAUGGUUUGAACUUAAGUGACGAAAAAUAAUCAAAAGAUAAGAUAUGUCUGAUGAGGAAGAAUUAGGCUUUGGUGCUGGUGGUCCAAUGGUGGUAGAGGUUAAAGGUCGUAAUCGUCCAUCGAGUUCGCACAGGUCAUCACCAAGACGACAUUCUCCAAAUCAUGAUGACUCCGAUGAUUAUUCUGAGGAUGAUACAUGGUCUGCUGAGGAGGACGAAGACUCAGACGAGGAAUUAGCGCCCCCUACACACAGAAGUCAGAGACGGUCGCACCGCACACCACGUAAAAAUGGACGUUCUAAAAUCAACAUGACUCCACCAGACAAGAAAUUAAAGACAGCAGAGAAGAAAGCUGUGAGGUUCACAGAAAACGGGAAGGUUGACAAAGCUAUUACCGAAUUGACAAAAUGCCUGGCUCUGAACCGGAUUUUGUAUGGAGCCGGACACUGGAAACUGGCUCGCAGCCACGCUAACCUGGCUGAGGCGUACCUGGACCUCAAAGCCUACGCAGUGCAGGCUGAACAUCACACAGAAAAUGCAAAAUCCAUCAUGUUAAACUCCGUCACAAGUUACACCACGGACCAGGAAAAGGCGGAUAUCUACGACGUCCUUUUUAAAAUCUACUACAUUGAAGGUCGUGCCAUGGCCUCCUUAAAGAAAUACAACGAGGCUGACCAGAUGCUGGCCAAAACAGAGAAGGUGGUUGGUGAGCUGAACAAGCUGUCCUGUGUAGAUGACAACCAGCUGGACGAUUACGAAAUCAAGCUCACUCAAGCUACUGCAAGAUUACAGUGGAAACAGAAGAAGUAUGCCGUGGCGUCAUCGCAGUACGACAAACUGCUGAAGUUAAUGGAGGACCGGCAUGGAGAGGACUCCAUUCUCCUCAUACCUGUCUACCAAGAGUGUGGACAAUUGGAACAAAGUAAAGGCCGUUACGCUAAUCACGAAAAAGCCAUCGACAUGUUCCUGCAGGCUCACUCCAUUGCUGGUUCUUAUUAUAAAGAUGGCCACACCCAAUUAAUAGAGACCUCCCUGACGCUGGCGCAGGCUUACAGCAGUACCGGGGACGAGGAUGGGGAGGCUGCAGCUGAGAAGUAUCUUAACGAGUGUCUGGCAUCUUGCCAAACAAUUCACGGUCCUCAUCACAAACAGACUCUAGCUGUCCAGGACGAGUUAGCGAGGCUGUACAUCAGGACAGACAGACACGCUGAAGCCCUGAGUCUUCUGUCGGCCAGCGUUAAGGACAAAUGUGAUGUCUACGGCGACUACUCGGAGAACGUGUCGGACACUCACAAACUAAUGGCGUCCAUCCACCUGACUCAGGGCAACAUACAGAAAGCUCUGAAAACCUACAAAAAGUGUCACGACAUCGAAUGUCUUGUAUUGGGUAAAGGACACAAGAAAUCUAAAGACACAGAGAGAACUAUCGAUAUUCUGAUGGCGACUCCCGGAAUUUCCAACACGUUUGUGUUAAGUAAAGGUGAUGAACUGAAAAAGAGACCCAAGUUUAACGCCAUCGUCAAAGGCAGCAAGAAUGUGGGGGGCUGCAAGGCUUCUUUUGACUGAAGGUCGCGGAAUAAAAUGUGAUUGAUGUAGGUAGACUAGCGAUGAAAACCGAAACACGGUCAGCAAAUCAGAUGGAUGUGUGUAUCGUUUUAUCAGACAGAGACUGUACAGAAUAGAACGACGACCUACACAGUGUACGCUGUAGAUGGAAAUUCCUACACAGAAACCUGACAUUCGCCGAGUCCGUACACAUUUAUAACGUAUGAAACGCUGGAUAGAGAUUUCAAAGCAACAUAAGGGCAUUUUCAAAAUACAUGUAGAAAAUUUGAACACUUUGUGAAACCCUAAGCAAAUUUUCUGUUUAGUUUUAGGUAUGAAGUUUUAUUGGUAGAUCUCUGUUUGAAAACUUUUUGUGUAGCUAUGAUUUUUUGAAUAACACCUUUAAGAAGCAUCUUUUCAACAUGGGAGAGGAUUUUUUAAGUUGCUAGAACUUGUAACCAAUCCCUUUGUAUAUUUAUACGAUAUAUGUUUAAAUCAAAUUCAACAUUUUAUUACCAAUGUUCAUUGAACUAUGCAGAGUGAAAUAUAUCGAGACUAUUGUCUGCAUAUAUAUCUGUUUUGCAAUUUCAGGGGCUACGGGCCUAUAAAUAUUAUUUUUUUGGUUUCUCGGGCUAAAUAUUUCAACAUUGGAUGAGGUAGGCAGGUGUUAGCUGUAGCAAGAGUUACCUCUCUUUUCACAUAAGAGUUACCUCUCUUUUCACAUAAACAUUAAUAACUGAAUCUUAUUUGCUUUUUGUUGAUAUUUUGUACAUUCAUCUUUAAUCACUAACUAUAAAUGUGCAAAAAAAAAACCCAACAACAUUUGUUCAUCAAAGAUUAGGCAUAAAAUAAUCAUUUUACCAGAAAAUGAACAUGAAAUAGUGACUUAUUCCCCCAUCAAUUCACUGAUAAAAUUGAUCAAUUCAAUUCAGUCUAAGGCGGUGGUACUUGAGAAACAAAAUUCUAAUUCGUUUUGGCCUAAAGUAAUGUUGUUAUCAUACAAGACACAAUACAGAUUUACAUGGCUGGACAUCAUUGGUUGUGUCAGGUACGUAGAGAGGUUUUACGGAAGUGGAAUGAGGUACAGAGGGGGAGACCAAAAAGUAAAGUUUCCCGUUCCAUUUUUCUGUACCUGUUUCAUGUCAUUUUUGGGGCAACGGACACAGCGCUGUUAAAAACGUUGUCUUUUCUGAAAAACUUUGAAAUAAGAAUUAGAAACGCUCCCUGUGGCUGUAAACAGUUUUUUUUUUGUAAAUGUGUAAGCAAAUUUUUUUAAAGAUCAAAUCAUAAAAAUAACAUUUGAUUUCAAAUUUAUAGCUCAUUCUUAGAUACAGAAAUCAUGAACCAUAUCUGGAGCAAGUUGGUUCUGCUUGCAAAGUUAGGUCAAGCGGUAAAAACACUAUUAGAUAUUGUGUUUUUUGUAAAAGCACUGAGAGGUACCCGGUAUUAAAAUGCUGUUGGUUUUAUAGAAUGAUGUAUGAUUGUGAAAUACAAACACAAUAAAACAAGAUUAGAUAGAAAACAAUAUUAAAAUCAUUAUUGUUCUUUCCAUUCUGUUUGAUUAUUAUCUCACCUGAACCAAAGACAAGGUGAAUUAUAGUAUAACCCACGGAUUGGAGUGUGAGGCCCUACUGGUGUGUCCAGGGGUCCGUGUUUGCCCAGCUAUCUAUUUUGUAUUGCUUAUGGGAGUAAUGAGAUUGAUCACUGUUCGUUAUCUUCACCUUUCAUGUAUAAGUUUCAUUAUUGAAUUCUAAAGGCUUCGCAUCAGGCAAUCAGAUUUGAGAAUUAAUGAUAGAGGUAUAAUGAUAUUAUUAUAUUGUUGUUUUCUGUAAAAUUACUGAGAGCCACGCGGUAAGAUAUGCUGUUGAUUUACAACCACAAUAAAACAAGAUUAGAGAGAGAACAA